CUAAGCUUGUGGGAAACUGAGCUGGCGCCUGGAAAACCAACCAUAACAAGGCUAUCAGCUUAUCUCAGACAGAAUGGUUGAUCAGCUCCAAGGAUCAUGGAAGUCCGUGUCUUGUGAAAAUUUUGAAGAAUACAUGAAAGAACUGGGAAUAGGAAGAGUGAGCAGGAAACUGGGCUGUCUGGCAAAACCCACAGUGACCAUCAGUGCAAACGGAGACGUGAUCACUAUAAAAACCAAAAGCAUCUUUAAAAAUCAUGAGAUCUCCUUUAAACUGGGAGAAGAGUUUGAGGAAACCAGACCAGGCGGCCAUAAAACCAAGAGUACUGUAACCUCAGACAAUGGCUCCUUGAUGCAGGUUCAGGACUGGGAUGGCAAGGAGACCACCAUAACCAGAAAGUUGGUGGAUGGGAAAAUGGUGGUGGAAAGUGCCGUGAACAAUGUUAUCUGCACUCGGACGUAUCAGAGAGUGCCAACAAACUCAGCCUCAAACUCUUCAGCACUCUCAAAGUGUGAUCCAAACUGCUGAGGUUGUUUAAAUACAACUCCAAAAUAAAACAU